AUGUCGCCGACUUACGAAGACGGCGUGGACCGCAUCGAUGCCGAGGUCUCGGGCGAUCCGUUUGGCCUUCGCCCAGACCUACAAGAGGCGAUUGACCUUUUCGUCUGCAAUCUCGAUUGGAGAGUCCUCCCCGUUCGAUUUGGCGACGUGUACGAGUUCGACAAGAUGCUUAUCGACAAGCACCAAGCAAUGCUCACCAACGACGUGAAGCUCAUUACCGGCGACAACGUCUACGAAAUCCUCCACGGGAAGGAUGAGGUCAUUAAAUACUUCACCCACUGUUAUCACAAGCUGUACACCUGGACUAUUCCGCUUCUUACCAUUGCUACGAGCGACCGCGUUACUUGUCACACAGAGCGCGUCUCUGACUGCGCUGAGAGCCAGGCUAUCACGAGGGAAGACGUGAUGUUCAUUUUCGACAUGACCGCAGCGAACAAGAUCAAGCGGAUUGAGAUCCGGCCGACUAGGAGGACUUAA